AUGGCCGAGUGCUCACCACUCACGUCUCCAUCGUCGCAGCGUCAGCUACAGUCACUUCAGGACUACGGAUCGCUGACCAUGACGCCGACUCAAAGUGACUCAAAGGUGACCGAGCGCUAUCACCGGUCGCAGGUGUCGCAUGCAUUUCUGCUGAAGAAAGAAGAGACGCAGCAUCUCGCAGCUUCCUCUCUGGGCUCGACUCUGCCCGUACUUGCUGCCAUCAAUGCGUCACUUUCGGCCAAUGUGACCCUCGCUCUGGUCAAGAUCUAUGCAGCGUGGACAAGUAAUUCAUUGGCCGUGCUAUCGUCUCUGGUGGAUUCGAUCCUUGAUCUCACGUCUCAAGCGCUCUUCUGGUACUCUGACAAGCACAUGCACACGCCAAGCGUCGAAUAUCCCGCUGGCAGACGGCGUCUCGAGCCGAUUGCAGUGAUUGUAUCAGCCACUCUCAUGGGCAUGGCAGCUCUCGAGGUGAUCCAGCAGUCGGUGAAAGCUCUUGUCGAGGGACUUAAUGGCAAGCAGCGCGAGGUAGACAUCUCGACUUUUACGAUGGUCGUGCUGCUCGUUGCGAUUCUAGUCAAGCUCGUGCUGUGGUACGUUUGUGCCAAAAUCGCGUCACACUCGCCUUCAGCUGAUGCUUUGGCACAGGAUCAUCGCAACGACGUCUUUAGCAACACCAUCGCUAUUGCGGCUGCCUUUGCCACGCACUGCCACUCGAGUCUUUGGUAUCUCGACUCGAUUGGCGCGGUCGUGAUCUCUGUGUACAUUGCCGUCAGCUGGUUAGCAACAGGAAAGGAGCAAGUGGAGCGCCUUGUUGGCUUGCAGGCGACCCAGGAAUUCAUCGACCAGAUUCGUCUGCUGGGUGAUGUUCAUCACCCCAUGAUGAGGACAGACAUUGUGCGGGCAUAUCACUUCGGCAACAACUACUUGGUGGAGAUGGAAGUUAUUCUUCCAGAGGACAUGUGCGUCAAGGACGCUCAUGACAUCAGCCUGAGUUUGCAGCAUAAAGUAGAAGAGUUAGACAAUGUGGAGCGCGCAUUUGUGCAUGUAGACUAUCUGGAACGAAACUACGACGAGCAUAAAGACCCCACUAUUCGGCGUGACUCGGCGUAG